GUUGUCUCCCUUGAAUCAUUAACACGCACGUUUCUGGAAAGAAAACGUCUUCCUGACUGUGAUGGAAUUUAUUGCCACUUUGUUUAAAGUGACAUUACCUAAUUAUUUACAACGUUUGCCCAUUCCGACAAGUUUGAUGGGAAUCACAAAUAUGACAGGACAAGACUUGUUACAGCUGUUACCCGUAGUGGGUACCCUGUCACUUCUUGCCUAUGUGACGUACCAGGCCUUCAAGCCUAAACCUGCACCCAAGGACACGAAGGUAAACCUGCGAAUACAGAAGGAGAGCUCCAAGGUUGUCAACAUGGUGGAUAUUGAGGAGUUGGGUGAUAAAGUCUCGUACUGCAGGUGUUGGCGAUCAAAGAAGUUUCCUAUCUGUGAUGGCAGCCACAACAAACACAAUGAGGAGACUGGGGAUAAUGUUGGCCCUCUUGUUCUCAAGAGAAAGGAACCCCUGUCUAUGCCGAAAUAACCUCUGCAACUUUUUAUAACGCAACAGCUUUAGUGUUUGGUGCUUUGUGACAAAUGUGUGCGAGUGAGAGAGUUGUAUUGUAACUGCCGACAUGCUUGUUGCUGUGUUAUGAAUGUGCGGUGAUAUUAUGAGUGAACAAAUACAAUUGUUGUCUGAGGAAAUAUUCUUUCAGUAAUGUUAGUGCUGAUUUCUAAUAGUUAUAUUACUAUAUAUUAUAAAGGGUGGAUGAAUUUCCUACAUGUGGACCAAGUUUGUUAGCUAGGUAGUGUUUCUAUGGAAAGAUAGGGAGUCAUAAAUUAUUGAGCUUUUUCAUAUUAGCUCCUCUCUUGUCAUAUUAUACCUAUACUGUGAAAUUACCCUCUUGCAUAGUGCUAUAUUUUUGUUGCCAAUUUUUGCUUGCAUAUUGAGCAUAUACUGUAACAUUUUCAAUGAUACUAAUUUUAAGGCAUAAUUAUCUAUUCCUAAAACAGGGGAAGUUUUGUCCGUAGCUCUUCAAAAAUAUAUAAAAACAACAACACUGGAUAAACAUUUGUUUUGGUCACUAAACUGCCCAAUGUUGUGCUUUUUAUUAUCUACUUUUUAAAUUGCAAGUUAAACACCUGCAGGAUAUUAUUAAACGGUUUUGCAGAACAUGUUAUGAUACAAAUUAUGAGCUUUGCAGCAUGCCAUGUGCAUAACUUCGUACAUUUUCUUGGAUUAUUUACAUGUUUUGUUUUUAGCAUACAACUUGCAUUUCAUUUUGUUUGAUUCUUAUUUUUUUUUAAUUCUUGUAAUUUUUCUGUGAUCAAUAUCUUUUUCUUCACAUACCUUAGAAAUGGUGCAGGAGAAUAUUAUCACUACUGUUUGUUUAUGUUGACGGUUUACAAUCUCUGUAAAAUAUUGUGUUCCUGCAAUUGGAGGAAACAAUUGUUUUUUGUUAUUCUGUCUUACAUUCAAUAAGACAAACAAUGCUUUUGAUGGAGGGUGAAUUUGUUCAGCACUUACAUGUAUUUUAUAAUGAAUAAAAUGUACAAAAUUAAA